AACCGAGACGGGUCUCGUUUUAAAAAUACACAAUAAAAAAUUUAGCUAUACAAUUUGGAAAAGACAAAAAUUAUGAGCCAGAAACAGUCGAAGCCUGCGAAGCUGACCAAAAUUUCAGUAUUACGGAAAAUGAUAGGUUUGGACAAAAAGAAGCCAGCAAAAGACUACGUUGUACCCAACAAUUCGGUUCAGAAUCUGGAGAAGCCGGGCUUCUACGAUCCCACAAUCAACGCAACGGACACACAGCUCAGCGGCAACAUGACACACAAGUGCGCCUACUGCCAGAACUUGGCCAAGAACUUUCUCUACCUGGAGAGUCUCAUCCGGAACAACACGGAGUCGGCCCAGAAGUGCAGUGUCUGCAACGCCUCUCUCAAGUACCUGGAGCACGUCAAUCGCAAUGUCCGGCAGGUGUUUGGCAGCUUUGAGUCGGUUAUAAAGGCGGAUCGUGCGUUGGCCGCAACGCCGCCAAGCCUGCCCAAGUACUCGGUGAUGCCCACGCAGCGGGCUGCAGGCGGUGCCGUUCUUACUUCUCAGAAGUCGCUGAAGACUCUCAAGAAAUCGAAGUCAAAGGCUAAGGCCGUAAAGGGACAGAAAUUGUCCAAGUCGUUGAAGCCACUCAAGUCGACGAAGUCCUUGAAGUCGAUCAAGUCUGGAAAGAUAAACAAAUCGCUCCAAUCAUCCAAGUCCAGCAAGAGCAUGGGCAAGAGCAAGCACCAGCUGAAGACUGGUCCCAAGAGCCAAACCGGCCGCGGCAAGAUGAUUCUCAAGCGGAAGUACAGGAAGACUGCGAUCAAGCCACCCGGCGGCAAGAUGUCGAGCGGCGGAAGUCUGUACCGCAGUCUGGCCGCCAAUCGCUCCAAGAUGGCUGCCAGUCGCUCCAAGAUGUCUACCAGUCGCUCUAAGAUGUCGGCUAGUCGCUCCAAGAUGGCCGCCAGUCACUCCAAACUGGGCAUCAAGGGCGCCAGCAAGCAGAAGAAGCUGCCCAAGAAGAGAUCGGAGGGAAUACCCACUAGCAUCAACUGGAAGCUGCUGAAGCAGAACAUGCCGAAGCGGGUCCCCCUAGUCCAUUAGAGGGAAAAAACACUCGGCAGAGACGUAAUACUGGUCUUCUUUCCUAAAAUUCUCAGUCCAGAAAUAAUAUAUACCACUAAUUUUAAAA